AUGUCUGACCUUGAUGAGUCCAUUGAGUUGGACCGGGAUGCAUUACUCCUCCGUCCCCCCGGUCAUUUAUAUCGAUACAAGUCUCUCAACAAUCUCGCACUCAGCCUUCAAGACAGAUUCAAGCAGGGUGGGAUCAUGUCUGACCUUGAUCAGUCCAUUGAGCUGCAUCGGGAUGCAUUACUUCUCUGUCCUCCUGGUCAUUCAGAUCGAUCCAUGUCUCUGAACAAUCUUGCACUCAGCCUUCGAGACAGAUUCAUGCAGCAUGGGAUCAUGUCUGACCUUGAUGAGUCCAUCAAGCUGCAUCGAGAUGCAUUACUCCUCCGCCCCCCUGCAUUUAGCUUGUAUUCUCAACUCUCCCAACUAUCACAUGCAGCAUCUCGCUCAGAUCUUUGUGUUGCUAAAUCAUGGGUGGCCUUUGCUGACACCCUCGAUCAUGCCUCUGCAUUGCUUGCCUAUCAGACUGCACUGAAAUUCCUGGAUCAGCAAGUUGCUCUCUUGUCAUCUUCUUCGCAUCAUUUCGACGUCAUCAGGGAGGCUGUUUUUUCCCUUGCCACAGAUGCUUUUUCAUGCAGUGUUCGUCAUCGUGCGCUGAUGACCGCGGUGGAGCUGGUGGAGCAAGGUCGUGCAGUGUUCUGGACCCAGUUGGCAUGCUUCAGCACACCACUGGAUGAACUUUCUGUUUCAGGUGACACCGCCACGGCCUUGGCAGAUGAGUUCAGAUGGUUGAGUUUUCGCCUUCGUGAUGCGUUCGACCAGUCUACUGAAGACCAGUCCCCGCAAAUCCGGCAACUGACCAUGCAAUGGGAUGAUGUCGUUUCACGGAUCUGCAUGCUUCCCACCUUUUCUUGGUUUCUCCUUCCCCCCCUUUUCUCCGACCUCCAGAAGGCAGCUGAAGAUGGUCCUGUCAUCAUUGUCAAUGCUAGUCAGUACCGCUGCGACGCCUUGAUCAUCCUGAGCGAUGAAGAUCCCGUCCACGUUCCAAUUGAUAUCACGCAGACCGAAGUUGCUGAUUUGUCCUCCGAGUUCCAGUCCCUUUCAAAACAAUUUGGUUCUCUUGAUGUUCAACUCAAGCUUGUCAGCAUCCUUCAUAAACUUUGGCAUGGCGUCAUUGGCCCUGUAGUGCAAGCCCUUAGGGUAUCAAAUAUUUGCCGUGGUUCGCGUAUCUGGUGGUGUCCCACUGCUGAGUUCAUGCUGCUUCCUCUACAUGCAGCAGGAGCUUACGAGAAGAAGAGAGAUAGUUUGUCUCACAUCUAUAUCUCCUCAUACACCCCCACUUUGGCGACUCUUGUUCAUGCGAGACGGCAGGUUUCACAAGAUGGCUCCCCUCAACAUUUUGUUGCCAUUGGUCAAGGCCACCCCGAUGGAGGGAAGCCACUUGAAUGUGUAGCUCCCGAAGUGGCCGUUAUCGCCGAGCGUCUCGCGCCUGUUGUGUCGUCCUUCACGCGGCUCGAGGACAGUGAUGCAACAGUCAUGGGUGAUGAGAAGAGUCCCGAUGAAUCGAUCCAUCUCGCUGCUGCAAUGCAAUUCUCUGGGUUUCGCAGUGUGAUUGGUUCCAUGUGGUCUGUCGAUGAUGAGGUCGCACAGGAGGUUGUGUCUGGUUUUUAUGACAACCUGAUAGAUGAUUCAGGGAGAUUGGACUGCACGCGCGCUGCAACGGCAUUGCACAAUGCUUUGAAGAAAUUGCAGCGCAGUGAUAUUCCACUAGAACAGCAGAUUGUAUUUGUUCACUUAGGUGUAUAG